CUACCGCGCCCGGCGCCCGAGGCCCCGGUGCCUUGAAGACUACGCAGUGACGGCUCCUGGCGUGACCCGAAGGUCCGGUUCCCGCACCUGCGCCCAUGCUCCACCCCACAUCUUCAGUCACCCCUAGGCGCUCGGGAACUCCAGGCCUUGGAUUGGAUCCGCCUCUCCACCAUUUCCAGGAACAACCAAAAAUUUAAUUUGGGAUUUCCCCCGAGUAAAACAAGUGUUUUGCUCAAUGACGGAUUGAAUGCGUAUAUAUCUUUGAAGAAUUUUUAAAAAACAUUUGAUUUUUGAUCUUCAUUUUUGUGACAGUCCCUCGCCUGAACAUUAUUGUUUGUUUUUGUGAUAAUUUUUCGCUCCGUGCAUUGCUCCUUGACCCGCAAGGGAGAGGACUCAGAGGCUGAGAACUCGCAGGGGCAAUGUACCAGAGCCUGGCCAUGGCCGCCAACCACGGCCCCCCUCCGGGGGCCUACGAGACCGGCGGCCCGGGCGCCUUCAUGCACAGCGCGGGCGCUGCAUCCUCGCCCGUCUACGUGCCCACGCCGCGGGUGCCUUCCUCCGUGCUGGGCCUGUCUUACCUCCAAGGCGGGGGCGGAGGCGCUGCCUCUGGGGCCACCUCAGGCAGUAGCUCCGGUGCGGCGCCGUCCAGUGCUGGGCCUGGGACCCAGCAGAGUAGCCCGGGAUGGAGCCAGGAAGCAGCUGCCUACACCCCGCCGCCCGUGUCGCCGCGCUUCUCCUUCCCGGGCACCACCGGGUCCCUGGCAGCUGCUGCCGCUGCCGCUGCGGCCCGGGAAGCCGCGGCCUACAGCAGCGGCGGCGGGGCGGCGGGCGCCGGCCUGACCAGCCGCGAGCAGUACGGGCGUGCCGGCUUCGCCAGCUCCUACACCAGCCCGUACCCAGCCUACAUGGCCGACGUGGGUGCGUCCUGGGCCGCGGCCGCUGCAGCCUCUGCCGGGCCCUUCGACAGUCCGGUCCUGCACAGCCUGCCUGGCCGCGCCAACCCCACCGCGCGACACCCCAAUCUCGUAGAUAUGUUCGACGACUUCUCGGAAGGCAGAGAGUGUGUCAACUGUGGGGCCAUGUCCACCCCGCUCUGGAGGCGGGACGGGACAGGACACUACCUGUGCAACGCCUGUGGCCUUUACCACAAGAUGAACGGCAUCAACCGGCCACUCAUCAAGCCCCAGCGCCGGCUGUCUGCUUCCCGCCGGGUGGGCCUGUCCUGCGCCAACUGCCAGACCACCACCACCACGCUGUGGCGCCGCAACGCGGAGGGUGAGCCUGUGUGCAACGCCUGCGGCUUGUACAUGAAGCUCCACGGGGUUCCCAGGCCUCUUGCAAUGCGGAAAGAGGGGAUUCAGACCAGAAAACGGAAGCCCAAGAACCUUAAUAAAUCUAAGACACCAGCAGGUCCCUCCAGCAGCGAGAGCCUCCCUCCCACCAGCAGCGUUUCCAGCAACUCCAGCACCGCGACCACCAGCAGCAGUGAGGAGAUGCGCCCCAUCAAGACAGAGCCCGGGCUGGCGUCCCACUACGGCCCCAGCAGCUCCAUGUCCCAGACAUUCUCAGUCAGCGCGAUGUCUGGCCACGGGCCCUCCAUCCACCCGGUGCUCUCGGCCCUGAAGCUCUCCCCACAAGGCUACGCGUCUUCUGUCAGCCAGUCACCGCAGGCCAGCUCCAAGCAGGACCCUUGGAACAGCCUGGCCUUGGCUGACAGUCACGGGGACAUAAUCACUGCAUAAUGUCGCCUCCCUCCCUCCUCAGAUUCCUGCAGACUUGGGACUGGGAGAAUGGCAGAGACGGGGCUCUGGGCUCCCAGCGGCCGGCCUGCUCUGCCCGGGAAUGACUCCAGAAGAACAACUGGGAAGACACUUGAAGUCGAUGAUUUGGUUAGGGGAAACGGAUGCUGGGUUUUUACCAGAUGCCUUUUCAAGACUGGGGGCUGGGAAGGGCCCAGACCCUGGUCUGGACACACCUGCCCUUCAUUCGGAGCACACUUCAGUCCCUUCCGUGGAGGCAGAGGUGUCCUCCUCAUUUUCUGCCCCACUUCACCUCUGACAAGAGAUGAGAUGGCCUUCUUUACCCUUCCAUCACUGACCGGUGAUGGUGGUUGUCCCCUGGUGUCCCAGCACCGGGGAUCUGAGGGUGGGCAGAGGGGCAGGGUGCUGGGACCUCUGCUCCAGCCUGGGCCAGGGCGUCUGACGUGCCUUUGGAGGUGACGGGCUCCUCCCGGCAGCUGCUGCCCUUGCCCAACACUCCCCUCCAGACUCAGCACACCCCUGCCUUCCUCAGUACUGAAUCUUGACUCCAGAGGCGCCGGGGGCAGCACCCGUGUCGCCGGGUGCUCCACAGGGAGAUGGAGGAGAAGCUGCUUCACCCACCACGCAGUACGGCUUCGGCGAAAUCGCAACUCGGCAGCUCGGCCUCCCCCACAUUUCUUUCCCCGGCUCACGGCCUCAUUCCUUCCCUCCUUUUCUUCACCCCAAGGCCCCUGAAAACAAAACUUCCUCCCACUGCUCCAAGUGAUUCUUCUCUGCCUUCAACUUGAACAUGUUUCUCCCUCAGCAAAGCAAGAGCGUGGCAGUUUAGUCAAACAGCAGCACCCUCUCCCCAGCCUGCCUCCCCCCAAAAAAUCCUUCCUCCACCCCUUCACACACAGGGGGUUCUGAGUGAGAACAAAAAAGGUUCUGCUGCUAAAGCAAGUGUGACUAACACGCAUCUGAGCCUUGAGAUCCUUCUGGAGAGGCGCCUGGUGGACGCUCUCUGGCGGUGGGGGCGGGGUUUCCCAUGGGCUCUGACUGGCCUGCAUGGAGAUCUCGCUGGCGCCCCUUGUGUUCUGGGGAGCUGCAGCUCCGGGCCAGGCAGCAGGCCGAGUCCAUGCAAGGGGCUCAGACGCCCGUGUCCUUUCUCCAGCACAAAUCCCUUGUCCAGGAGGUGGAAAGCUAGGGAUUUUGCAACAAAAACUCAAAGCAAACCCACACAACAAAACUCAUGGCAAGAAAGGCUGCGACAGAGAGGAGAAGUCACCGAGGUGGGCCUCGAGGACUCUCCAGCGCUGGCCUGGAAUCGGCCUUUCUCUGGUCUCCCCACGUGGCUGUUCCCCCACGUGGUCGGGACACUGGGGCUUGUGGCUCCUCCUCCUGUGUCCCCCUCAUCCACAGGGCUGCUGCGACGAUGGCCUCGCUACGUCCUGCCCCGAGACGCCCAGCUCCCCACCCAGAAGUCCUACAGGCUGUAGCAGAGAAUAUCUCUAAACCGAGAUUCUGUUUUAAUGAUCAUUUACAUGGCUUUCCCUCGUGAAGGCCGCCCUCCUGUACCUUCCCUAACCCACAAACCUGUUAACAUUGUCUUAAGGUGAAAUGGCUGUAAAAUCAGUAUUUAACUAAUAAAUUUAUCUGUACUCCUC